AUGGCUUCAGGUAACGUGUCGUAUCCUUCAGUUUUUGUGGUUGACGGACACAUGAGACCCCCUCCUCUACCCCCCAAGCCGGCCAGUAGACAUCGGAAGGAAGCCAUCCAGACUUUGCUGUUCAUCCUGGUGACUUUGGCUCUGUUUGGCAUGGCUGUGGAAGCCUGCUUCAUCUACCGUCUGUACUCAGUCAAAGAAACUAUUAUCCGGACAGAUGAAUCACACACUGCCAUGAGCAAACAAGACAAAGUUGUUGCAGAACCUAAAAAAAAUCGUCUUGGAGAAAUGAAGCCAUCAAAACCAAUGGGACAGCUGACAACUGGUUUGCGUGUAAAUAAUGAAGUUGUGCUGUGGCAUGAGAAUCAUGACUCCAUCCUUCACUUCAUCAAACACAAAUCACAGGAGGGAAAACUCAUCAUAGAGAAGGAGGGAUUCUAUUCUGUCUACUCUAAGAUCAACUACAAGGAGGAGAGCAUCUUAUUCACCCACUCUGUAGUCAGAAAUACACAGCGAUUCGCAGGCGAAGAGAUUCUGCUUUUGCAAUCCUCCAGCUUACAUCCAAAAAUCCCAAGACCAAGCAUCGAAAACAGCUUUCUCAAUGGCGUGUUUCACCUUUACAAAGACGAUGCGAUUUUUGUCAGGGUAAAAAACUGCACAAUUGUGUUGUCCAACUCUGCUGAAAACUACUUUGGGUUGUUUAUGAUUUAA